GGAGUUGGCCUGUCCUCGGCUUUUGAUCUUCCCAAUGCCUACAUUAAGCAUCUCCAUUGGCCGACGCAACUUUGCUUUAUUCAUACCAAAUCAAGCGAUCGUCCUUUGCGGAGCAGCUUCUGGUAUAUUGCUGAUUGCCGGUAUCACACAAUAUAACGAACGCAGGAGAGCAGCACGAGCAAGAGCCCAACAGAAUGCUUCAAGAUUACAUAGACGAAGAGCACUGCGACGAAGGAGGCAGCUUAACAAUGAAACAUCAAACCAAGCCGGAUCAAAUGAAAACUCUCCCAACUAUGAUUCUCCUCUCAGAAUACCUUUCUUAGAUACAGAAGAGGACGGAGAGGAUAGUCUGCUUCUUUCGUCCUUCAAGGAGUGGACCGAGGCCGACGAGAGCAAGACAUUGUUGAACUUACUAUAUGCUAUUGCUGAAAAUCAGAGUCGCAAAGGUGGUAUAACAUGUAACAAAUGCAGUACUUCACCGAUACGAGGACUGCGAUACAAAUGUGCCAACUGCGUUGAUUUCGAUCUUUGCGAAACUUGUGAGGCUGGUAACAGUCAUAACCGAACCCACGUCUUUCUCAAAAUCCGUAUACCCAUCCCUCCACUGGCGAACCCACGAAGCGCACUGUUACCAGCAUUUUAUCCCGGAAAAGACAUAGAAGAUACCAACCUUGAUAUAAGCAAACUUCGAGAACUUCAAAAGAAAUCUCAUUUCGAUCAGGUCGAAUUGGAGGCUUUAUACGAACAAUUCAAGUCAUUAUCUACAAUCGAAGAAGGUGAUGGAGGAAUCGACAAGAGCACGUUUGAACAAUGUCUGGGCCCACUUGGAUUAGAAAAGAAUUUGAUCACUGAGCGAAUAUUUGCCUUUUUCGACCAAGAUGGCGACAACAUCAUUAACUUCUCCGAACUGGUUACUGGCUUGAGUGUACUUUGCAAAGGCAACCUGGACGAAAAGAUAAAGUAUGCCUUCAAAGGUUACGAUUUGGAUAACGAUGGCUAUAUCUCGCGGGACGAACUAUUUAGAAUGUUCAAGGCAUACUUUUAUCUGUCUAUGGAACUAGUUCGGGAUGUUGUGAGUGCUAUGGAAGACGAUAUGAUGGAUAAUUUCGAAUUCUCAGCCUCACAGCCUGUGAGUGCUGCUUUCACAGUCGCCAUCCCUUCCACUUCUUCGGACGAAGAAGACAAUACGAGUCAGAAUGGUGGCGCCACUAGUGGGAACGAUGAGCCUAGGGUACGUGAAGACUCGAGAAAUCGAGGGUCAAGGAGAUUAAACACACGUAAAGAAGAUUACUUUCAACAACAGUAUGCCGAUGAAGGAAUUUCUCAACACAGUCCUCAUGACCGACCAGAAGUACCCAGCUCAUCGUCAUCGGAAUCUUCCAUACUCGAAGACCCAGAACCAAUGGAUUCUCCCACCGAUAUUUCUGAAUCUCACUGGCUUCCACCGCACGACGAGAUGCCAACCUUCUCGUCCAGCGGCUUAAAGGAAAAGCAGCUCGUUACUGUGGAAGAAAAAGAGCCGAAAAAGCCAUGGGAGGAAAAGUUUCCCAUCAUGGAGACGAUGUCUCGAGAUGCCAUCGAGGAAAUGGUGGAAAAGACGUUCAGAAGUAUCGAUACCAAACGUGAAGGAUAUAUAAGCUACGAGGAAUUCAAGCAAUUUGUACAAACGGAUUCCAGUAUAGUUAGUUGGUUUGAAGCUCUAGGGACUGUAUUCUAAUGAAUGUAAUUUCAUAAAGAUAUAAUAA